UCGUAGAAUCGAAAAACCUCCAGUCUUAUCCUCUUCCUCUUGCGUGCGAGUCGGUUUUAUUCUCAUUUACUCUGAGCUCAAAACCACGUGUCUGGUAAAGUUACAAGAAAAAACAAUUUUCAAAAAUUCCCUCUCAAAAUUUGAAAUUUCCAUACCCCAGUAAUGAGUUUUAAUAAAAACCCGGUUUUAAAUUUUUAUUUGUCAUCAAAAUAAUUUUAAAAAAAUAUUUCGCGUAUUAAAUAAAAUAAAAAUAAGUGAGUAAUUAGUAGUAUGUUAAUUUAUUAAUCCUUGAUGUCUUUUAAUUUCCUGUUAAGUGACAAGUUGCUGAAUAAUGCGUAAUAAAUAAUGAUUAUUAUUUAAUUUAUAAUUUAAAGUAAUAAUUUAUUUUGAAAACUAUGAUGGGAUUUUUGGAGUCGGUGUUGAUAUUUAUGAUUUGAAUUCAAAUAAUUUUGGCGGUUCAAUUGUAACUUUAAUUAAAGAGUGAGUGUACUGAGUAAUAAUAAGUAUAAUUAAAUGAAAUAAAAAUGCGUUAAUUGAUGAGCAAGAUAAAUAUAAUCCAUUGGAAUAACAGUAAUUUAUCAGACAAAUGAAAAUAAUUGAAAUAUGCUGGUGGCGAAUGUCGCGAGGGGCAACUGGCGGCAACCCUGUGGCUCUUACGGUUGUCCCUAUCAGCCUCGUUACGAGCCCUUCGUGCCUGCACCGCCCGGGCACACGCCUCGAUGCGCCAAGCCUGGACAAACCUUCUGCGAAACUCUCGAUCAUUAUCCUCAGCAGCUUAUUAAAUUUCUGGUCGAGAAGUGUAUGUACAAUUUUGCGACGAUACUGAAAGAUGAGUCGCAGUAUGAUUUUAAUACCAAUAAAUUGAAGCCUGGUUAUGGGGGGUACGAAUACUCGAAACCGGAAAUCCAAAAUUUUUAUCAGCCAGUGACGCUAUUGGCGCCACAGUAUCCGUUUUCGACGCAGGCAUCCAAUUAUCAGAUGAAAAAUUCUUCAGAGGGAUAUGCAUAUCCGGUGCCAUCUGAGUCACAGAAUCGAUUUACGGUGGAUGCCUCGGAAAAAGAGGAAACGGACAAUUCUAGGCAAUCAAAUUCUUAUGAAUUCAAUCAAAAUCCAUGGCUAUCAUCUAGGCAUGUUCGUCAAAGUGAUGAAAACCCAGGACGCUCGCGUCGGGAAAAUCCCUUCUUAGAGUCGACAAAAAAAAACUACAAGAAACGACAAACGGAUCCCCGUACAAUAACACUUUGCCCCACCGAUUCGCAUUACGUUACGCCACGGGCUGGAUUAAACAAUCAAGGAAACUGGAUGUACAUCGUCAAUAUUCCGCAAACACGUGACAAUUAUUCACAAUUAGUGAAAAGUGAAAUUUGCACAUCCACAACGUGUGAUGGAAUUUGCAGUUUACCUGAUGGAUACUCGAGUAAAUGUGAACAGCAAUAUGUACAGAAACGUUUAGUGGCAUUAGAGGGUUCCGGUGACCGUCUUUACACGGACGUUUUUUGGAUUCCUCACGGAUGUUCAUGUCAAAUUACUCCUAAUUUUUAAUUUUGUUUUGUUUAUACUCAACCAAAAUUUAUUUCCAAAUAAUUAUUUUCACAAAAACCCGGAGUUAAAUUUAACUCCGUGGACUCCGGAGUCUAAAAUUUAGUACAAAUGAUUCCGGCUCCAAAACAAUUACAUACGCAAUAGAAAAUUUCAAAUUUGAUUUGAAUUUACCCCCGUUUCAAGCAAUUCGGAAUAGACUCCGAGUGCAGAUGUCUAAUAAUGGUCUAGACUUGUCUGAGAAGUUGCCUCCGCACAUUUCUGACUAAAAAAACAAUGAUUUAAAAGUCAUAUUGCGUAACGACAUUUCGUUCGUCGAAAAAUAUUUUUAAAAAAUGCAUUUCCGGUAGAACGUGUUCCCAUAAAGUGUAGAGUGUAGACAGUGCAAUGACUCGCGGAUAUCUGGGCCCAAGAGAAAGGUGUCGAGCGGAAGAUGAAUAAUGCAUGACUGAUGACACUAAACCGGUUGCUUUCUUGCAAUAAGUCUGCUAUUACUUAAAUUAUUUUACCGUUCGCCCUAUUGUUAAUAUUUAUCACCGUACUCAUAAUGAUAAUCAUAAUUGUAACAUUAGAGCACCAGGCUGACUCGACAACUUUACACCAACAAAAACAGUCAUAAUUUGUAAUGAGUCACCCCCUCAACUCGAGUCAAUCCCUAAACUGAUGUGUCAUUAAUCAUUUUAUUUUUACUAUAUUAUUCAUUAUUAAUUUUUUCAUUUUUUUUUUAAAUUUUUCUUCAUAAACUCGUUGGGUACAAAAAAAUAUAACGAUAGAUUAUUAGCUCACUUGAUAAUGCGAGCAGCUGCUGAGUGACGAGGAAUUUAGAUUUAAUUUUCUACGGCGGCGGGAGAUGGCGCCAGUGGUAUCUUUUUUAUUAUUUAUUUACAACCUCUUACAUAAAAUAUUUUUUUCUUAACUAUCGCGUAAAAAUGAAAAAAAAAAGUUGCAUUAAAAACAGAAGCUAAAAAAGAUUUUUUAUGAUAAAUUUAAUUUAUAAAUAAACUUUUUUUUAUGGUAAUUAAUAAAUCAAUGAAUGAUA